GCCGUCUCCGGUGCGCAGUGAAGGAAGCCAGUGACCCCCAAACCACUCGUCUCUCCAGCAAACCAAAGCAGCGAAACCCCAAUUCAAAAUUCCCUAGAACGAAGGAGAGCGAGCCGCGCCGGAUCGGACCGCCGGGGAUGGAGGCGGCGCGGGAGUCCAUGGCGGCCCUCCUCGACGCGGGCCUCUUCGACUCCGCCCAGACGCUCGGAUGCUUUCUUGUGUCUUCAGGUGGUGGGAGUAAUGAGGCCGGCAUGUCAAUGAAGGCAGAAAGCUUGGUCCUGCAUGGUGAUGCAUUGUAUGGGGAGAAAGAAUUUCGGAGGGCGCUGAGUGCCUACAAACAAGCAAUCCAAUAUAGCAAGAGCAUCCCUAGGCAAACAACAAGUGCCACCAAAAUAUCAGUUUCCACUACAGGCCGGUCACCUUCUCCAAAUUCUUCAAAUCUUAUGCCAUUCAAUGAAAAUGAGGUGAAGUCUAAGAUAGCUCUUUGCCAUUCUGCUCUACAUGAGUACCGUGAAGCACUCCAAGAGAUGGAAGGGAUUCCUUCUAAAGUGAGAAGUCUAAAAAUGAAUCUGAUGUUAGGGAAGCUUUAUCGGAUAUCCAGAAAUAACCGUGCAGCUGCUGUAUGCUAUAAAGAAUGCUUAAGGCAAUGCCCUUACAUAUUUGAGGCUGUUACAGCUUUGGCUGAGAUGGGGCUUUCUUCAAAGGAGUUUUCAUUAUUAUUUUCACAAGCGCCAAAUAGAGGAGGCAAGCCACACGGUGAUUUUUUAGAUGCACAGCGUUGGUGGAAUCGGUAUGUUGAGGCCCAAUGUUGCAUUGCUUCACAUGAUUAUAAAGGUGGCCUUGACAUAUAUCUAGAACUAAUGCAACGAUUCCCCAAUAAUGUGCACAUCUUGCUGGAAAUUGCAAAGGUUGAAACCAUCAUAGGCAGGAAUGAUGAAGCGAUCAUGAAUUUUGAGAAGGUUCGGUUAAUUGAUCCAAACAUCAUAACAUAUAUGGAUGAGUAUGCAAUUCUCCUAAAAGCGAAAUCGGACUACAUUAAGCUAAACAAGUUGGUACAUGAUAUGCUGCAUAUUGAUCCUGCAAGACCAGAAACAUGUGUUGCUCUAGCAGCACUGUGGGAACGGAAAGAUGACACAAAAGCUUUGACAUAUGCUGAAAAGAGCCUCCGAGUUGAUGACAGGCAUAUAACCGGCUAUAUCAUGAAGGGCAAUUUGCAUCUGUCAUCGAACCGACCAGAUCUGGCCGUGACAGACUUCAGGGGAGCUCAAGAACUAAGGGCUGAUCUUCGUUCUUAUCAAGGUUUGGUGCGUGCUUAUCUAGCACUUUCUAAAUGCAAAGAUGCAUUAUUUACUGCACGGGAAGCAAUGAAGGUUAUGCAUCAGUCUGCAAAAGCUCUCAAGUUAGUUGGUGAUGUGCAUGCUAUCAGUUCCAGUGGCAGAGAGAAGGCAAGAAAGUUCUAUGAAUCUGCCAUUCGUCUUGAACCUGGAUUUCUUGGAGCAGCAUUGGCAUUGGCUGAUUUGCAUUUUGCUGAAGGACGGAAUAAGGAGGCAGUUUUGUUACUUGAAAGAUAUCUAAGACAAUGGGCAGAUGAUUCCCUACACAUCAAGUUGGCUCAAGUAUUUGCAGCGACAAAUCUGCUUUCUGAUGCACUCUCCCACUAUCAAUCUGCGCUAAGGAUAAACCCACAUAAUGAAGCUGCCAAGAAAGGGUUGGAGCGCCUGGAGAAGCAAAUGAAGGGAGUAGAUCCAGACGCACCUGAAGAUGAUGACGAGAACGAGGCCGAUGACGUUGAUGCUGACCAGGACGAUGCCGAGCUGCUCUAGGUACAUUCUGAAGUUCAUAUCAACCGUAGAUGCAAAGCGGCGUCACAUAUCUUGUGACUGAGGAGUUGCAACUACCGAAGCUGUAAUGCCAUACGCGGAUGGAAGGCGUCACGCGGUGUUCUACAGGGUGGGGUUGGUACUUGGUAGGGUGGCAGAGGGCGCCAUUGCAUGAGUGCCUGAGUGGGAACGGUUGUGCCACCGUACUCUUAUGAAACUGGGUAGGAUAUAUAAGAGGUGUCAUGCGUUGUUAACUUGUUACGCAAAUCAGCUUCGUGGUUUGUUAAGGCUCCGUAAGUGCUUGCUAACAAUGUUGUGUUCCUAAAUGUAAAUCAUCUGUAUGAUCAGUGAGAAUUGUUUGUCCGAUGCUUAAAAGAGUAUCCGAUCUGUUGCUUGACUUCAGGAUAAAAAAGGCUCGCGACUGCUUGUUUAAUA